UGUUAGUGUUGGCGUUUAUAAGUAAUUCGUUCACUUCCGCAUAUGAUGAAUGUAACCAACCACUUUUGGAUAAAGCUCAGUUAAGAGCCACAUCUCAGUUGCCCGAAAGAGGCCCAUACAAUGCCAGACUUAAUGGUGGAUGCUAAAGAGUAGCCUGGUAUUUUUAAAGACAAGAUCGUUUAAAAAGCAGUGUUUUAACAAAACGGACGAACAUAAGAAUUCAUGGAAUAUUAGUAUAUUGAGAAACCAACGUGUUAAAUUAACGGAUAAAGUUAAUGUUAAGAAAAUGUUUCAAAGUAUUCGAUGGGCGUUCAAUUGGAAGGAAUGGAAUCCGAGCGAGAAGGACUUUGCACACGCAAUUUCUUGCGUGCAAUUAGAAGAGAAAGAAAGAUUAGACAGAUUCGUGUUUCGUAAAGAUGUUAGGUCUUCCCUCGUAGGCAGAUUAAUGUUGAGAAAGUUUGUUAAUAAGUAUGGACAUAUCCCGUAUAACGCUAUAGUGUUCGCAAGGGAUCAAAGUAAUAGGCCUGUUUUAAAAAACGAUGCAUUGAAUUUAAGCAUUAACGUAUCCCACCACGGUGAAUAUACAGUAUUGGCUGGCGAGACAAGAGACGUAAAAUUAGGCGUAGAUGUAAUGAAACUAGAGUACACAGGUGGUAAAAAGUUAUCGGAAUUUUUUCGCAUAAUGAAUAGAAACUGUUCAGUGUCCGAAUGGGACGAAAUAAAAAACUCGUCCGUUAAUGAAGCGGAUCAAAUUAAUAUGUUCUGUAGACAUUGGGCGUUAAAAGAAAGUUACGUGAAAGCUCUGGGCAUAGGUAUUACGAUCGAUCUAGGAUCGAUCGAUUUUAGAACCAAUUCGAAACUUGUCGAGACUUCUGUGGUUACCGAUACAGUCUUAUAUCGAAAUGGCACAAAACAGGAAUGGUUGUUCGAGGAAUCGUUAUUGGAUCCGCAUCAUUGCGUCGCUGUAGCGUUACAGGAAAAUGGAACAGCGCCCAUAUCGCAAAACACUCUUUUCGAAAUCAUAAAUAUCGACGAACUUCUCGCAAACGCAAUCCCAUUAUUUCCACAAGAUUCCGAAUACGCGGAAAAAUAUUUUAAAAAAGUGGAAUGUCCAUAAUAUUGUAACAUUCAAUAUAUUUUUCAUAUUCCAUUUCUCCUCGUAUAUGUAAUAAAGAUGUACAGAUAUAACGGAUUCUACAUGAAUU